UGCAUCCCAUACAUUUUAUCAGGUUAUGUGAUUUGUCAAAUGAUGAAAAUAUGAAAAUAUAUUUGAAUUUCAAAAAUAUUGGGAUACUAAGGAGGCAGUUAUCGUCAUGGCAGAUUAAAAGUCGACAAUUGAAGGUGGACUUUAUUUGCAACCCCCAAAAUGCCUCAGUAAUACAAGAAAACAUCAAUAAGCGAAAAGGCAUUGGUAACAUUACAUUGGUAAAUGAUCUGAAACAAAAACUGAAUCAGUUCGAUAGUAAUUCAAGUAACUAUGAGGCGCUACAAAAAGAAUUUCAAAUGGAAUUAUCUAGAAUACCCAAUGAAACACAUCCUGAUAUAAUUGACUAUGGAGAUGAAGCUAAGCUUUUGAAGUUUGUCAAUGAAAAAAAAAAUUUCAAAAUCCCUCCAAAAGAAUUUAAUGAAAUAGCGAAAAGGUUGAACCUGGUAAGGACAGAGCAGUUAGGAAACCUUUGUGGCAGUAGGGCUUACUAUGUUCUAGGUGAACUGGCCGAAUUAGAGCAGUCUCUGUUGAAUUAUUUCACUAAAAAGUUACUCCAAAAUGGUUUCGAACUCCUAUCUGUUCCAGAUAUUUUACCUCGAGAAAUUAUUGAAAGUUGCGGAAUGAAUACCAGAGGGGAAAGGAAUCAGGUAUACAUACUUGAUCCAAAAUUACAUGGACCAGAUUUGUGUUUAUCAGGGACAUCAGAAAUGGCUCUUGCCGGCUAUCUUUCGGGAGAGAUAAUACCAGUGGAAAACUUACCAAAGAAAUUGGCUGCAGUCAGUAGGUGUUACAGAGCUGAAACAUCUAGUAUAGCUGAGGAAAGAGGAAUAUAUAGAGUACACGAAUUCACUAAAGUAGAAAUGUUUAUGGUUACAACUCCGGAAUCCUCAGAUGCUGCCUUGGAAGAAAUCAGAAAUUUGGAAGAAGAAAACUUCAAGGAACUAGGAUUGCAUUUUCAGGUCCUUGAUAUGCCACCAUAUGAAUUAGGAGCACAGGCCUAUCGAAAGUAUGAUAUGGAAGCAUGGAUGCCUGGCAGGAAAAUGUAUGGAGAAAUUUCUAGUUGCAGUAAUUGUACAGAUUAUCAGUCGAGGAGGUAA